UUUGAAUAUUGAAAGUUUGAAGGUCGAGACGAAUUACGAAUGUGUCGCUUGGAUUUUGUCGAUUUUCGCUUGACAUAUGGAAGAAAGUCUUUCUGAAUCAACACCAGUGGAUCUGUUUCCACAAGCCCUCCCUAAAAUACCCUCAGAUGCAUCUUGUCCGAGAUAUCAACGAAAGCUGUCUGUAAGGGAAAUAAAAAUCCAACGAUCCGAGGCUGGCAACAAAUAUGCAGCAUUUACAAGACAUUCUCGUGCUAAGGCAUUAUGGAAGACAGCCUUCAGUUUAAUCUCCUCUCGUGGUGACCCAUGGGAGAAGUUUCAUUUGCAAGAACUUCCAGAAGAAACGGCAAAGCGUUAUCGUUAUAACGCUAUUAAGGGCAAGUGGAUAGAAGAUAUCGUUCGUGUAAAAAUCGAAAAUUCACCAUUCAAUCGAGGUGCUAUGAGAGAAUGUUUUCGUGCGAAGAAAUUGUCCAAUUUUUCGCAUUGCUCUGAUUGGUCAUAUGCAUCAAAUCAUGUUGCUAAACGUUAUAUUGAGAAGGUUGAAACCCAUGUGUAUUUUGAUGAUGUUCGUUUACAAAUGGAUGCUAAACUUUGGGGUGAAGAAUAUAGUCGUCAACCGUCUGCACCAAAAAAAGUUGAUAUUUCACAAAUGUGUGUAUUGGAGUUUAUUAAUCGACCAGAGAAACCUCUAUAUCACUUGGAACAUUUUAUAGAAGGAACUUAUCGAAAGUAUAAUUCAAAUUCAGGAUUUGUAGAUGAUUUAUCACGAAACACUCCUCAGGCUUUUAGUCACUUCACCUUUGAACGAAGUGGUCAUCGUUUAAUUGUAGUUGAUAUACAAGGUGUUGGUAAUCUAUGGACAGACCCUCAAAUUCAUACAUUCGAUGGUAAAUCUUAUGGAGAUGGAAAUCUGGGGAUUCGUGGAAUGGCUUUAUUUUUUUAUACACAUCGAUGCAAUCCAUUAUGUUUAGCUCUAUCAUUAAGCGCUUUUGAUUUACCAAUAAAUGAAAAACUAUCUACACCAUUUAGUCAAUUAUCUAUGGAAGCAGCGGAUAAUCAGACUGAAAAUACAAAUGGGAUCAGUGAUAAUAAUAAUGUAGAACUCAGCGGAACAGUAGCUAUUCCAGCUUCUCGUCGUGAUCGAUAUGGUAUUCGUCGUUUGGUUUCAGAAAAUAUUGAUUCAUCUUAUGAUUUACAAAACAAUGCCAAUAAUCACAACAAUGGCACUAGUAGUGAUUUUGUAAAUCCAAUCGACUUUGUAGAGUCUCAUAGUGUACCUUCGCCUAAAUUACCAUUUCUACCUUCGAGAUCUCCUGUUUUAUGUAGAAAUGAUAUAUUACAAAAGACUGAUCAAAUCAAUCAUAAUUCAAAUGUCGUUGCUAAUAAUGGAAAACACAAUACAAAGUAUAGUAAUAAUACUACUACUACUGAUAGUAAUAAUAAUAAUAAUAAUAAUAAUGGUAAUAAUGAUGAUGCACGUACUGAUGAUUAUAUAUUUGGUCCAAUUUCACUUCAUAAUAAUUCGUAUGAUUCUGGUAUAAGUUUUGAUGGCCCAUCGUUUGGUAAUGUGUUCAAAGCACAACAAAGUAUUAUUAGUGAUCCUGGUUGUGAUCCAGUAUGUUCAGAUUUGGAUCAGUCAAAUUCUCAUUUGAAUUCCAGCGAAAGUUCACAACAGCUCAGUAAAGAAGCUGAACUCAUUGAAUUUUUUCGUUUACAUCAAGCUGGUCAUCGAAGCAGUUCCAUUGCAGCUUUACAUGGUGCUGAUACUGUAAUUUUAGGUUUAAUACAUCAUGAAUUGGCUCGUUUACAUGCUUCUGGUCGUUUAGCUUUAAUGCAUCAAACCGGUUAUUGUCAAUUAAAGUGCAAUGAAAUCAAAAAGCAUCAACCUUCUAUAGAUAUUGAGCAAGAAUUGAAUGGAAAUCAAUUGAAUGAAUUAAAUCGCCCACAAAAUGUUAAUUGGGAAUCAGUUUUAUUUCAUUUAGAACAAUCAGCUAAACUUGGUUGUUUAGAUGCUAUUCAAUGUUUAGCUCAAUAUUAUUUGAAUUUAAUGAUUGAUGGUCCAUUAUCGGAAUGUCCAAUUAAACCUGAUCCAGUAGAAUCUCGAGCACAUGGUUUCGCUUUAAUCAGUGCGGCUGCAUCAGCGGGAGAUCGUAUGGCUAUGCUUUAUUUAGCUGAAGCUUAUUAUCAUGGCGAUUAUUAUUCUCCAGAUACUAGUAAUGAUAUCAAUAAUAAUAAUAUUAAUAAUAAUGGGCGGAAACAAGAACCUGACUGGUUAGCAGCUGCACAUUGGUAUGAAAUGGCGUCUAAAGUUGUUACUUAUGAUGAUGAUGCUAUAGAAGAUGAUGAAACAAAUCAACGCAACCCAUCGUUUGUAAAAAGGAGUCGUUCUGGUUUUCAUUCAUUAUCUGAAUGGCCAAUCUAUCGUUUACAAGGUCGAUUAGGAGAAAUGUAUGCUAAAGGUGGUCAUGGUUUAGUCAGAGAUAGAAUAAAAGCUUACGAACUCUUCGAAUCAGCCGCUGAAGGUGCUAGUGAAGCUCAUGAAGGACGUAUAGCAAUGAAGUAUUAUGAACAAGCAGGUCUUUUAGAAGAAUAUACUACUGUUGAAUUUGAUGAAGAAAUAGAAGAAAAGACAGAAGAAGACAAAUAGACAAUAAUAAUAACAAUAAUACAAGUCUGUUUCUUUCAGAUCUAUGUAAUACAUAGAUUUUCUCCGGUUAUGGUUUAAUGUGUAUAACUGUUUUCAUAAUGCUUUUUAUAUGGAAAAUUUUCUUUUUUUUCUCCUCAUCGAUAACCAAUUGUAUUGAUCAUGUAUAAUCCCUAGUUUUCCCACAUAACAUUUUGACUUGUUUAUAUUCCACUCAUUUUAAUGAUCAGCAAACAGGACCUUUUCUAUGAAUAAGCUUUUAUUCAUAUUUUUUCCCACUGAAUUAUUAUAUUUUGUCUUGAAUUAUACUAUGAUUAUUUUCAUGUUCAUUGCAUACACACUUUGUAAUUCCAUGUAUUAUUAUUACUAUUAUUGAUUUAUUCAUUGUGCACUACCACUUCACUCAUUGUAUUAUCCGUUCAUUUUGAACUGAAUGUUUAACGCGCCUCUCAUUUUCGUUAAUUUCCUCUUUCUAUAUCACAUUGUUUUGUUUUUUACGGACUAAAGAUGUGACAAUUUGAACAGAUAUAGAUGUAUGUAUACAUAACCAGAUCUUGUGUUGUCUAUAUCUGACUAACUGAUUUCAUUUUCCCUCUAGUUGCUCCAUAUCCUCUUUUGGAUUUUCCUGUUACUCUGUAGAAAUCAUCUUUUUUUUUAAAAAAAAAAGUGAACAUAUAAAAACAAAAUAAUGUCAGUAACAGCAGUCAAUAAAACCAUGAUUUAUUUCUAUUGAACAAGUAUUGG